UUUUAUCAAUCAAAGCAAUAAGCGUGAUCAAAGCAUGUUGUUGUAGUUUUUCGUUUUGGUUUGGUUCAUUCAUCAUUGGUUGUAGUCUACUGUCGUUUUAUUUACCAUGCUGAUACGGUUAAGCUCUUUCAUUUUAAUUAUUUCGCUUGCGGUAGUCGUGACUGCUGAGUCGUGUUGAACCCGAGUGUUAAAAACAUUUGUCUGUGUAGCUUUUGCCUAUUACAUUUUCUGUAUGUUAUUUGUCAGUGCCUUAGUGUAUUGGUUUAUAUAAUUAGAGCCGGUUUUGAUUAAGGUCGGAAUCAACUGUGCUUCUCUGGCAUAACUGAAAGCCAUUAAACCAAUCAAUCAAUUAGAUUAAGGUCUAAAUGAAAAACAAUGUGUUUGUGACUGCAAUUUUAUUAAUAAUAAUAAGUCUGAUAAAAUAAGGCACAACUGUAAGCCUUCAAACAAGAUUAUAAAAUUGAAAAAAAGUGAAAAGUGUGUUAUAAACUCGAAUGUGCAUGUUUUAAAGUACAAAAUGCCGACUCAGGAAAAAAUUUUACUAAGAAAACUCAAGAGACUUCAGAAGAAAAAAUUGAAAGUAAUCACUGACAAAGCUAAUGCGGUACAGGAGAACCAAACAAGUACCUUAUUGCUUAAAGAAAAACAAUCUGUGGAAGCAUCUUCAACUGAAGAAGCCCUUAAAAAUGAAUCUUUAAAAACACUAGUUCAUGACAUUGAAAAUGAUUCUGUUUCAUUAGAAAAAAAAAAGAAAAAGAAAAAGAAGGUUAAAACAGAACCUAAUGAGGCAUCAGUCCCUGAAAGUGGUAUUGAAGAAGAGGAAAACAACAAAGAGAAUGUUGAAAUUAAACAGAAAAAAGAAAAUCUGCAAGGUUCUAAUUUAUAUCAAAGUAUUCCAUCACUCCCAGAGUUUUCAUCAUUAGAAGGAAAACUAUGUGAGCCAACACUUAAGGCCCUUAAAGACAUGGGUUUCACAAGAAUGACUGAAAUACAGGCAAAAGCAAUACCGCCACUACUGGAAGGAACGAGUGUAGUAGGGAUAGCUAAAACAGGCUCAGGGAAGACCCUUGCAUUUCUCAUACCACUUAUUCAAUUUGUAUACAAUAUUAAGUUCAAACCUAGAAAUGGCACUGGAGCUAUUAUUCUUUGCCCAACGAGAGAACUGGCAAUGCAAACAUAUGGUGUAUUGAUGGAAUUGAUGAAAUACAACCAUCAUACUUAUGGCUUAGUUAUGGGUGGGGCAAAUAAAAACAAUGAAGAACGAAAACUUGGAAAUGGAACCACAAUAGUAGUGGCUACUCCAGGGCGUCUUCUAGACCAUAUGAAGAACACAGAUGAUUUCAUAUAUAAAAAUGUAUUUUGUCUAGCAAUUGAUGAAGUAGAUAGAAUGCUUGAAAUGGGUUUUGAAGAGGAAGUUAAAUAUAUUGCUAAAUCAAUUCGCUCAUACAGACUUAACAUGUUCUUUAGUGUGACAAAAACAAAAAGAGUUGAGGAAUUUAUAGCGAGUAUGUUAAAUUUUAUUCCUUUGUAUGUGGAUGUUGACAACCAUAGUGAACGAGCUACUGUGGAUACUUUGGAACAAGGAUUUUUCUAUUGUCCCCCUGACAAGCGAAUGAUGGUUCUUUACACAUUUCUUAAAAAGUGUUUCAAAAGGAAGGUGAUGGUAUUUUUUUCGACAUGUAAUUCUGUACAGUUUCACCAUGAUCUGUUCAACUACAUUGAUUUACCUGUCAUGGCCAUCCAUGGUAAACAAGAACAAGCAAAGCGAACUACAACUUUCUUCCAGUUCUGUAAUGCAGAGAGAGCUAUUUUGCUUUGCACAGACAUAGCCGCGAGAGGUUUAGAUAUCCCAGCAGUGGAUUGGAUCGUACAAUACGAUCCGCCUGAUGAACCUAGGGAAUACAUUAACAGAGUUGGUAGAACUGCAAGAGGCCUCGGCACAAGUGGUCAGGCUUUAUUAUUCUUACGACGUGAAGAAAAUACAUUUCUCGCAUAUUUGCAACGGGCUAAGAUCAGAUUAAAUGAAUUAGAAUUCUCUUGGGACAAGGGUUUUGAAAUUCAAGCAUCGUUGGAAAAAUUGAUUGCGCGAAACUAUUCUCUUAACCAAUUGGCUAAAGACGCAUACACAAGCUACCUAAGGUCUUAUGACUCCCACCGGUUGAAAAACGUAUAUGAUAUUAAUACCUUAGACUUGGCGUUGGUUGCUAAAUCAUUUGGUUUUGCACGACCACCACCCGUUAAUCUGAAGAUCACUACAAAAGGUUUCAAGCAAAAAAAGAGAGCAAGAGAAAACUAACAUCUAGCCAAAAUUAAGCAAAGAAAAAUGCCAUAAGCUGUAUAUUAUAUUUGAAAAUGAUUGUAAUUUGGGUUAUUGUUGUCAGUUAUAAGAGAAAAACUUGUUUGUGGAAGUUAUAUGAGAAUGAAUGGAUAUGUAUGAUUCAUACAAUAACUUCAGAGCUAAUUAUAAAUAUUUUACAAUAAAACAAUUAUUGUUUUUA